AUGGGUGAAAGCAUGCCUGGCAUGCCUACAAGUGAAAGACCCAAGGAAGAUGAAUCGGACAACGGAAAAGCCUACGUGAGGGACCUGACGAAAGAAUUGAUGAAGGGGUCACACAUUGCUCAAGCGCACUCAAUGACCUACCCUCCCCAGACCAACGGGUUAGUGGAGAGACAGAAUAAAACGUUGUUGAACAUGCUGAGGGUAUACUGCUCAAGAUAUAUGACAGACUGGGAUAAAUAUCUGCCGCAAGUGGUAGGGGCAUACAACAGUACGCAACACUCAACAACAGGAAUCAGUCCCUUCAUGAUGUUUACGGGCAGGGAAAGAGCCAUGCCUCCAACAUUCUUUUACCCAGAAUACGAAGGGAAAAAUACAUCGCCUCAAGCUCAUGUGGAAGAAGCGGUUAAGAGACAGCAGGAACAAAACGAGCUCUGCAGGAGGAACACAGCGCAAGCACAAAUGAGACAGCGAAGAAAUACGAUGAGAAAUUACUGCAAGCGAAACCAUAUGCAGUGGGCCAAUACGUCUGGGUCUUCCAGAAUGUUAUACCUCCCAAAGGGACAAAGAAAGUAUUUAAGAAAUGGAGAGGACCGCUCAUGA